AUGUCGGAGAAUGGAUUGAUGACGUUGCAGCAGUUCCUGAGAGGCAGUAUUCGUAGGCAGGCGACAAGAUAUGCAUUCAUGACCGACAGGCCUCAGCGAAUGCUCGUGGCCGCUCGUCACUGUCGCCGGAUCAGCGCUGAACAUGCACGACAGCUGACGACAGCACCGCAAUCGGCAAGUCGACAGUGGCCUUCGCCCCAUUGGCUGGGUGUCGGAGCUGUCCUGUCGGGUCUCACGACAAUCUGGCUCUAUCAGCAGGGCAAGCCGAAGCAGCCCGGAUACCUGUCUGCGACCUACUUCCGUCGCCUGACUAUCAAUGCAGUUGACAAGAUCAACGAAGACACGUCUGUCUUUUCGCUUGAGCUGCCCACCGAUCAUCUCGCGCCCUCGAGUGUGAGACCAGAGGCACUCCAGUCUAUCCAUGUCAUACAGCCCGAACUGCAAAUCGAGCGUCCGUUGACCCCGCUCGAUCUGGAUGCGCUCGACGCACAUUCCAGCAACAGACAAUUGCGAUUGCUCGUCAGACGAUAUGAAGAUGGCGAAAUGUCGAAAUAUCUUCACCGACUCGGUGUAGGAUCACAGCUGUUUGUGCGUGGACCUACGGACACCUACUCGCUCGCUCAGCUACCCCAAUCGACACGGAUCAUCUUCCUUGUGGCUGGUACGGGCGUCACACCAGCAAUUCAAGCGCUUCACGAAUAUGCGCGCACGCCAGACAUUUCGCCACAGAUAGAUCUGAUUUAUUGCUCGCGCGAUGAAAAGGCUGUCUACCUUCGUGACGAGCUCGAGGAGCUCAAAGCUAAGCUUGGAAAACGGCUGACGAUCCGACACCAUCUCGUUGCCAGCUCAGGUCGUCUCACGAUAAAGCAGCUCAAGAGGAUCUGCGGAUCACCAAACGCAGCCAAGCCCAUCAAGAUCCUCGUAUGUGGCCCAGAGUCGAUGGUCAAAGAGCUCGCAGGCCCGCGGGCGCUGGAUCGAUCAGACGGGCCUUUAGGUGGUCUCCUGGCACAGGCCGGGUACUCCGCGUUUCAGGUCAAAAAGCUGUAG